AUGAAACUAUGUUCAUAUGAUGAGUUUUUGUGCGAAACGAAAGAAUAAUUUUUAAUAUUUGUUUUUUUUUUAUGAUGAACAUAUUUUGAAAUUGGACAAAAUUCAGUAACAUUUGAGGCGUUUGAGCCUCUGUAUUGGACGCUUUUAGGAACGCGCUCUUUAUUAAUUUAUAGCAAAAAUUCGCGCCCUCUUUCUUUCUCGUUGCGAUGUAUUUUUAGAAAGUUGACAGUUUUUCAAUACGAAUUGAAGUGUAAACAAACAUUAGAUUAAUUUCGCAUUUAACGCAUUUCUACGUGUAAUAUUUAUAAUUAAAGUUAUCCUCAAUGUUGAUUGUUCUCAAUCGUGAAUUGAUAACAAUAAUUUUAAGUUUUUUAAAGUCAAUUUGAUCCAGGCAAAUAAGAUAAAGAAAUAGUUAAUCGAUGCAAAAUGCAAGCAAAAGUAAAUGGCAUAUUGGAGGAAUCACUGCAAAAAGCCAGAGAAUAUGACAGGAUCGGAAAUGUUGGGAAAGCUUUUGUAUAUUAUUCCAUCUUUGCGGAACUGUCUGCACGGAGAUCAGAAAUCGAAGAAACGUUUACAGAUGUGCUUUGUGAAUGGGGAAUGCAGUUAGCGAAAAACAACAAAUUUUCAGAUAUUGUGAAGUGCUAUAAAUUUUCCUUGAAUAUUUACCCAAACAAUCCUCGUAUGUUGAAUAAUUUUGCAGCGCACUUGUUAAGGAAUAACGAUCCCAUACGGGCGAUACAAUAUUUAAAGCGAGCUUUGAAAGUUGACGUUAACUUUCUACCGGCAGAGCGAAACCUGCAAAAUGCAUAUAGUAUGGCGGUGGAUAGGUGGCAUUUCACAAUGCUCAAUGACAAGCAGAGAAACAACGCUUUUGAGCGCGCUAUACGUAAGAGAGUCAGUCAGGGCUACGAUACAGUGUUGGACGUAGGGACUGGUACAGGUCUCUUGAGUCUGUAUGCCAGAGAUGCUGGGGCCGCAAAGGUUUACGCAUGCGAAUGCUCCGAAGCGAUGACGCUGAUUGCGAAGGAAGUAUUUAAAUCCAACAAUGCGACUGACAUAAAUUUAAUACCAAAACUGUCGUUCGACCUCAAAGUACCUGUGGAUAUUCCAGAAAGAGUAAAGUUAAUAGUGACUGAAACGUUUGAUGCUGGCUUAUUUGGAGAGCUUGUAAUACCAUCUAUGAUUAACGUGCACAUGAACAUUUUAGAUUUAAAUGGUAUGGUAAUACCUAUGGGCGCGACGGUUUACACAGCAGUCAUUGAAUGCGAACACAUUAGAUACAGAUCGUCGGUGAUUUUCGACAGAAUAAAAGGCCACUGUCCUUUAAACUUCGACAAUGUAUCCGUACUGUCGGACGACGAGUACUACGAUACCGAAAACCUGGAGAGAGUUCAAAUUAAUUACGUCACAGAGCCGCAACUGCUGUUUAGCGUGAAUUUUAACGAUUUGCUAGAACUGUAUGAAUUCUGCAAGGAUGGGAUAAAGCAGAUGCUACAAACGAAAUGUAGAUACGAUGGUAUUAUAGAUGGUUUAAUCACUUGGUUCAAGUUGCAUCUUGACGAGGAGAUUACGCUUGACUCCUCGGAUGGAAAGUCCUGUUGGCAAUUCGCUGUUUUCCCGACUGUGCCGACCGUUUGUCAAGAGGGCGAUGUCUUGACGAUAAAAGUGGAAACUUUGAAGGGCAAACUGAAAUGCUCUUAUAGCGCGGGUAAUGCGCGAUACAACGAGAAUUGUACAACUUUGUAUCAUUUGCCGAAGGAAGUCAUUACCUUUCUGAAUGACUUCGAUUACGUCAAAUUGCUCACGGAACUCGGUAGAUCUCAAGAGAAUAGAAAAAUGAGAUAUAUUUUGGAUACUUCGCCUUUUCCGAUAUACGGAUUGACCUAUUUAAAGGAAUGUAAAGAUAGUGAAAUUUUAUAUUACAAAACUGACAAUCCAACGCUACGUGUUCUAAUUGAACAAAUAGCCCGUGAUAGCGGACUGCAAGGGAAAGUACAUAUGAUAUCGAACUUUGAGGAAAUUCCAUGCUCUCUAGAUUCCAUAUUUAUUCAUAAUUUUGACAUUAAGGGUGAAUUGAAAGAUGAUCAAGAUAGCUGCUGUGAAAUUUUCAGGAAGUUACUCAAGCCAAACGGCGUAUUGUUGCCGGAAAAGAUUUUCCUUGUGGGACAAUUAGUAUACUCGGAAGAUUUACCAAAUAUGGUUUAUGUACAAGAUAUAAAUCUCCAAAGAUCAUCUUCACUCCCUACUUCUAUUGAUACGAGUUCGGACAGCGAAGAUGGUCUACAUGUGCGGGAUAAUAUAGCCAGUAAAGUAAAUAAAAGUACAAAUUAUGUAAUCGCUGAAUACAUUAAUAAAUAUAAGAUUAAUCAAAUAUUUGAUUUGAAUUCGAGUUUAUAUUCAUGUGAGAUUAUGUCUGAUGCGCGAAUAUUGGUAGAAAUAAAUGAGACCAAGACUACCGAAACAAUUGUGAAUUUUGGAGAAAUAAGUAACAAAGAAGGGAAAAUUUUACCAAAUGCCUUAAUAUGUUGGUACAAGGUUCAGCUGAGUCCAUAUCAUGUACACGAUACAAAGAAGAAUGAUUCUUUUAUGAAUCAUACGGCGAUCGUUUUCGAAGAUGAACUGAGAGAUAUCAUUCUGAGAGUAUACUAUAAGAACAACUUCAGAAAUCAUAAAAAUGAGUGUGGCAAAGCAGAGUUGUGAAGAAGUGCAAGAACAAUGCAAGUUGCUGUCGCACCCCAGAUUGAGAUGUAAAAGGCUAAAUUCAAGAGAUAAUCGUGCUAUAAUACAGAUUCCUUUGGAUUUA